GCCGCCGCAGCCGCUGGAGCCGAGAUGCCUAAAGGAGGGAGAAAGGGAGGCCACAAAGGCCGGGCGAGGCAGUACACGAGCCCCAAGGAGAUCGACGCACAGCUCCAGGCUGAAAAGCAGAAGGCCCGGGAAGAACAGGAGCAAGGAGAAGAAGGUGGAGAUGGGGCAGGUGACCCCAAAAAGGAGAAGAAAUCCUUAGAUUCAGAUGAGAGUGAGGAUGAAGAAGAUGAUUACCAGCAAAAGCGCAAGGGCAUGGAAGGGCUCAUCGACAUUGAGAACCCCAACCGGGUGGCACAGACAACCAAAAAGGUCACACAGCUGGACCUGGACGGGCCCAAGGAACUUUCCCGGAGAGAAAGAGAAGAAAUCGAGAAGCAGAAAGCAAAAGAGCGUUACAUGAAAAUGCAUUUAGCGGGGAAGACAGAGCAAGCCAAGGCCGACCUCGCGCGGCUGGCGAUCAUCCGGAAACAGCGGGAGGAGGCUGCCAGGAAGAAGGAAGAAGAAUGA